GAAGGCCCCUUAUUAAUUUUAUGGCAGCAUCAGAAGCUGGAGCAAUGUUCUUGAAAGCUGUUAAUUGUGAGGGAGAGCACAAAGAUAAGUUUUUCAUUUCCGAGUUGAUGACUCGAGCUUUUGAAGAUGUUGGGCCUCAAAAUGUGGUUCAAGUGAUUACGGACAAUGCUCCUGUUUGUUCUGCUACUGGUGCACUUAUUGAAGGCAAGUAUCCCAAAAUUUUUUGGACUCCUUGUGUAGUGCACACCUUGAAUCUUGCUCUUAAAAAUAUUUGUGCCCCAAAGCAGACUAGAGGUACUGCUUUUGCUUAUAAUGACUGCAAAUGGAUUACCAGUAUUGUUGAUGAUGUGGCUGAUAUUAAGAACUUCAUAAUGAAUCAUUCAAUGAGGUUAGCAAUUUUCAAUAAGUUCGUGCCCUUGAAGUUACUUGCUGUAGCAAAUACGCGCUUUGCAUUUGCUGUUGUGAUGCUAAAAAGGUUUAAACUUAUAAAGCGUGGCCUGCAAUCGAUGGUUAUAAGUGAAAAAUGGGUUGCUUACAAAGAGGAUAACUUUGAGAAAGCUGAUGCAGUGAGGACCUUAUUGUUGAAAGAGGAGUGGUGGGGUGAUAUUGAUUAUAUACUUUCGUUCACAUUGCCAAUUUAUGAGAUGCUUAGAGCUUGUGACACCGAUAAACCAUGUCUUCACUUGGUUUAUGAGAUGUGGGAUGCAAUGAUUGAAAAGGUGAGGGCAGCCAUUUACAAGCAUAAAAAUAAGAAUCAAACUGAUGAGCUAGUCUUUUAUUCUGUGGUGCACAAUAUACUAGUUGACAGGUGGGCCAAAAGUAACACACCUCUUCAUUGCCUUGCACAUUCAUUGAAUCCAAGGUACUAUAGUACAACAUGGUUGGAUGAAAAUCCAGAGCGUGUUCCUCCUCAUAGGGAUGAAGAGAUUUCAAGUAUGAGAAACAAGUGUUUCCAAAGAUACUUUCCGAAUCCAGAUGAGAGAAGGAUUGUCAAUGUGGAGUAUGCCAAGUUUUCGGGUUGCUUAGAAAAUUUUGGAGACUACGACUCAAGAAAUGACAGAGGGGCACUAGAACCACUUAUUUGGUGGUUUGCACAUGGGUCUCCCGCACCUACACUCCAAUCUUUAGCGUUGAAGUUGCUUAGUCAACCAUUUUCCUCAUCAUGUUGUGAAAGAAAUUGGAGUACGUACUCUUUUAUUCUUUCUAUCAAAAGGAACAAAAUGACACCACAACGAGCGGAAGAUUUGGUUUACGUGCACAACAAUCUUCGUCUCCUAUCAAGGAGAACUCGAGUAUACACGGAGGGAGAUAACAAAUUAUGGGAUGUUGGAGGAGAUGCAUUUGAUUCCCUUGAGGGUGCUGGUAUACUUGAUAUUGCAAAUCUUUCCCUUGAUGAGCCGGACAUGGAAGCUGUGAUAUUCACCGAUGAAGGCGAAGGAGAUGUAAUUGAAGUUGAUAAUUGAAGGCUAACAAUCUAACAUCGAUAUUUAGUGGAGAUUGAUAGGAACUUUCAUCUCUUGUUUUGGACUUUGGACUUUUGGCAUGUAUUGGAUGUUGGAUGCUUCGUAUUAGUUUUUGUUAGGUUCUCUUUGUUUGGAAUGACUUUUGUCUUGUCUUGGACAUGUGCUUAAUGCUUGGUAUUGGCAAUUUAACUACUUUUUGACUUCUUGUGCCUAGUAUGAGACUAAUAAUUAUAAAAAUAUAUAAUUUGCACAACCGUAUCCCCGACGUAUCCGUAUCCUAGUUUUUUAGGUUUUGCCAUAUCACCAUAUCCGUAUCGUGUCGUAUCCGUAUCCCGUAUCCGU